AUCACAUCACUCUCUUGCUCAUGGCAGCCAUCUAUACGGUAUACACUUCCCCGAAUCACCCUCCCAUUCCCAAUCAUUUGCCAACAUUCAUCGUUACUCCUCAUGGCCAGCCUUCUAAUAUUUUGUAUUCUUAUCUCCAUACAAACUUCAACGCUGAGAAUUAUCUCUUAACUCCCUCUCCCCAAGGUGACCUCUGCGUUGCCAAGCUUUUUCCUCCUCGUCCUCCCACGAAUGCGAAGGCGUCUGCAUCGGAUCCUGGCCAUUCCUCUCCAGCUUCCUCUCGGGUUGUUCGUUGCGAGGCCUCUCGAAAUCUUAAGUGGUCGAUUGCUAACACUGGAGUAAUUUCUCCCAUCUACAAACUCUCUCUUCCUUCUCCAGAUUCCCCGGAUCUUCCUCUUUUCCAGAUAUCAAAGCCAAAUCCAAAUGCUGCUUUUUGGAGCAUGUUUUACUUUGCUUAUGCUGGCCAUAACAUUCCUCCAAAGCGUAUAGAAUUCGGCAAGAUCCAGAAAAAUCCGCCUGGUCCCAACGGGGGAGGUACCAGAAUCAGCAUCACCGGAAAGACCCCAGAGGAGAAGGCUGUGUGGCAAACUCUUGGAGAAGGCAACGAAGACUGCGUAGAAUGGGUCGUCCUAUGUGCUGCGCUCAACCUUCUCGACGAUGAAAUUCUGAAAGCAGCAGAAAAGAACCCCAGCGCUCCUGGAGGUCCAGCUCCAGUCUCUCUUCGUGAUCCUGGUCCCGCUCCAGCUGGCCCUCCCGGGGGCCCUGGACACCAAUCCCAACCGCCACCACGUCCUGUACCUCAACAUUCACAUUCACUUCCUCCAGGAGGCCGCGGCGGUCCUCUCAUGAAUCAUGGCCCCGUAGGACGAGGAUUCCAGGGUUUACCCCCUUCCGGUCCUGGGCCCACGAAUCAACAACCGCCCCCUCAAGGUUAUGGUCCUGGUCCUGGUCCGCCAAGAGGCCCACCAGGUUCUCAAGGACACCAGAUGCCACCCCCCCAUAUGAUGCGAGGUGGCCCGCUUCCUGGUGCAGGACAGAUGCCUCCUCCAGGGCCAGGUUAUGGUCCUGGUCCCGGCCGUGGUGGGCCCCCACAUCAACAGAUGCAACCCCCUCAACAGGCCAGGCGUUUUUAAGUUCAUAUACAUAUACCACCGACCGUUGCACCGGCUUCUGUUCCCCUGUGUUGUUUGAUACCCUUCAGGACCUCCUACUAUUCGCUAUCUCCAUUCCUAUCCUCCUGGCCGUUCUUUGCGAUACUUGGUUUACGGGCUUCGUGGGAUUUCACGUUCAUACUAAUGAUAUCUUUGAGCAUGAUUCGAGUUUUCCAUCUAUCGAACCCCCAUUUCUAUCUCUAACUUAUGUAGGGUUUCAUUUUUCAUUUCGGUCUUUGUCCUUCACGGCUUCCAAUCCCUUUGUCCCCAGGUUGACCGUAUCGCAGCAUGUACUAUUAUCCAUUUCAUUCAGCGUCCGUCGAAGGUGUUGAGGCUUAAG